AUGCAGCCGGAAGCGGGGACGAGGAGCGGGAGGGGCCAUAUCAUUGUGCCUGGGUUUAUUGGAUGCUCUGGGUCUACCGACUCCAAAUACACGUAUGUGCGUUACUUGGCGCAUGGCAGCUCUGGAGAGACGUGGAAAGUAAUGAAGGUGAGUGACGGAACACUGUACGCGCUGAAGAUAACCUCGCUUAAACACUCCCAUGCUCCAUCUUUGAUGCGGAUGCGUACAGAAGUGCGAUGUUUGGAGUCUAUAGACCACUUUGCAUGCAUUAGACUUCAUGAAAAGCUUGAGACGGAGUCGCACUUUUUUCUCGUUAUGGAGUACUGCGACGCCGGCGAUUUACGUGAUCAUUUGCGCGGUGGCAGCUCACUGCAGGAGCACCAGAUUGUCUAUAUUCUGCUGCAGCUUCUUCUGGCUCUUCACUACCUUCAUACAAAGAAAAAGAUGCUCCAUCGUGAUCUCAAACCGGCAAAUGUGCUCUUGCACACAAAGGGUCUCGUGAAACUAGGAGACUUUGGCCUGAGUAAGACGUACGACACCAUCAGCGGUGACGUGGGACUCACUAUUUGUGGCACACCCGCUUAUGUUGCGCCAGAACUGUGGCGGAAGGAGCGCUACGGAGCAGCCGCAGACAUUUGGUCGCUUGGUGUGAUACUCUACGAGGCCUUGACCGGUAGGCGCCCAUUUGAGGGCGCCAAGUGUGAGGAACUCCGCCACAAGGUUCUUACGGAAGAGGCACCCCCCAUAGAAACCGCGCACAAUGCGGAAUUGAAAGGCAUUGCGUACGCACUACUCCGUAAAUCGUCUGCAGAGCGCCCAGACACCACUCAACUCCUGCGUGAGCCCCUCCUCGUCGCCGCGUUACGUAACUUUCCGCAGGUGCUAAGAUUCUCAGAUGUAGACGAGCCGUUGCGGCAGCGCGUCUUGCAUGACAUUAGCUCCGGGCAGCUGCUGCCCAGUCUGCAGGUGGACCACUCCGUGGUUUUUGCCGGCACGGUGUGGAAGUACAAAUCGCCGCAGGAUUAUCAGGAACGCUACAUGGAGCUUGCGAACGGUCAAUUGUCGCUGCUGCUUCGACCAGGGGGGAGAGUCGGCUUUCGGGGAUGCAUUCCGAUGCUGCAGGUGGAACAGGUGGCCUGCAUCGACCCAAACCACGUGGCAUUGAAGAUCGAGGGUGCGGACUGGUGCUACUUCCUGACGCCAGAGGCGGCAAUGUGGGAGGAGCGGCUACGGGCGGCCCUGCGAAUGUAA